UAAGUACAAAGAUGCAAUAAAAAUGAAAAAUUCAAUAUUUUUUGUAAUAAUUUUUAUAAUUCUUAAAAGUAAUUUGAUUACAUUGGCAAAAACUAACAUCGAAUCAAAUAUAUCUGAUGGCAUACACGCAAUUCUGAUCAAGUGCCCCAAAGACAGCGCAAAUGAAACAUGCGAACCGCACUUAAUUAUCAGUAUUCACAUGAACCCCAGCGUUGACUUGAACAAAUUGGAAGCCUCUUGGAUACUCGAUGAAGUUUAUGAUCCCACAAAGCGAACGAUUUCAAAGAUAAUAUCCCCCUAUUUGAUAGUGGUUGGUCGUGGCGAACCUGUUGUGAUGUAUCCCCUUCAGUAUGAAGAAUCAAUUAAGCAUGAAGAGUUCAGGAAAGAACAGCCCACCAAAAAUGACAACCCCAAAGGCCCACCGUCGAGUCAGAGUGCCCAACCUCGUCCUUCAAUAAAUAUGAAAGAACGGGAGAAGGUCAAGGGCUACCCAACUCAAAAGAUUGACGGGCCUCGUCCUUUAAUUAACAUGAAAGUGGGUGAGGAUGAACCACCCUCCAAAGAUGAUGCUAAGGACGACCAAGACUCGCCAUCUGUUAACCCCAACGAACCAAACCCUUCAGUAACUAUGAAGGAUAAUGAAGAUGGCAAGGUCGUUUUAGAUUCUCCAUCUGAUCAGAACAACGAACCUUCGAUAAAUAUCAGAGAACGAGAAGAUGAAAAACCCACCAGUUCCAAGCAAGGCGUAGUGUCUAGUAAGACUAACGAUGAACAAGCCACCGGAGAUCUUGCCAAAGACGUUCAAGACUCCCUCUCUCUUAGGGCUGAUGACCCAAAUUCUUUAAAAAAUAUGAAAGAUAGGGAAGAUGAACAACCCAUCGAAGAUGAUGUCAAGGACAGUCAGGGCUCUUUAUCUAGUAAUACUAACGAGUCUUAUCCUUCAAUAAAUGCGAGGGAAAGUGAAGAUGACGGCGUCCAAGGGUCCCCAUCUGGUCUAAACGAAUCUUGUGUUUCAAACGAUCCUCGUGGUCCAAUAAAUAUAAAAGACCAAAAAGGUGUCGAGAAAGUUCAAAGUUCCCCAUCAGAUGCAACUCAGGACGCUUCUUUUUCCAUAAGUACGGAAAACCAAGGCCGAGGCGAUGGUUCCCCAUAUGCUAAAAGGAACGAUGUACAUAUAAAAAAAUAUGAACAAAGAAAGCAAGAUGAUGUCAAGAACCUUCAAGAUCCUCCUUCUCGUAAUGAAAGUGAAAUUAAUGAUGCUUCAAGAACUAAAAGAAAUCAAGGGGUAGUAUAUACGAGUAAACAAACAAUAGGAUUCAACAUUGCUUUUGUUCAGAAAACUCCAAGUAAAAGCACAAAUGUGAAUCACCAUGAACCAAUGUUUAAUCAAAAUGACAUUUCAAACCUUGGACUUAUUGAAGUUACAGAUCCGUCUUUAAGGAAGGAUCGGAUUGAAAGCCCGAAGGCAUUACAGAAAGUUGACAACAAAAUCCAAAAUAAUAAAAAUCAGGACGAAAGGAAAAAUAAACUUAAGUUUUAUCAAUAUUAUGAUCAAGAACUGGAUAGGAAUGAUCAGAAUAACCUAAUAAAAAAGGAUCGAGAGGCACCUGUGCCUAAUACCGAUACUUGGGAUAUUCGCCUUUUAGAUGAGAAGCCAAAGCAGGACACUUACCAAGAAGGAAAGAAAGAGAUUACCACCUAAAUAAUAUAAAGGAGAAAGACUUCAGUCUACUUGAUCAAAUAAAACGGGGAUAUAAAACGAAUAACAUUGCAGAAGAAAUAAAAAACUAUAAGCCCAGUUUUAGAACGCCAGAGAAUUCCUUGUCUUAUAACAUACGAAAUGAAAACCAUCCUCAGACUACUGGCAGUUAUUCGAAUGAAAAUUAUCUCUCUCUUGGUAGUCAGAAUCUAAACAGUAUAAAGAAUAAAGAAUAUCAUAAUAAUAUUAUACCUGGAGUAAAUGAUAGUCCAUAUGAAAAGAAACCAGUUGAGAGCACUUUUAAGCUUCCCUAUAAUAGUCUAUCCGAUUUAGAUAAUGCACCGAACAAACAGCCAAAUUACAGAUUUAAUUUUAAGCAACCUCUUAAUGUUCCAACCGAUCUAAAUGUUAUAAAAGAUAAUUAUUAUAAAGCUAAGACAACUGAGGAUAAUAUUUAUAGGCAAAAUUAUCCACCAGAAGAAAGAAUCGGUGAACAAACCAUAAAAUCUAAAUAUUAUAAUUCUAAGACCGCUAAGAAUAACAUUUAUAACUACCUACCACAAGGAAGAGUUCCUGAACAGGACAUAAAAAAUGAAUAUUAUAAUGUUAAGAAAAAUGAUAAUAUUCACACAAAAAACUACUUACCAAAAGAAAGAGUUCUUAAAAAUGAAAUUAUAAAUAAGUUUUAUAGUGGUAAGACAGCUGGGAACAAUGUAAACACACGAAAUGAUUUACCAGCCAAAAAUGAAUAUUAUAAUGGUGAUAAUAAUUUUAAAGGAAGUAAUCCACCAAAAGAAGUAGUUCCAGAAUAUGGUGGUAAAAAUGAAUAUUAUAAUGCCAAGACAACGGAGAAUAAUUUUAAUAUUGGAAAUGAUCCAAAACAACGAAAAGUUCAGGAAUAUGACAAAAAUACGGAUUAUUAUACUGCUAAAAUUGCUGAGAAUAAUAUUUAUAAGGAAAAUGAUGUACCUCAAGGAAGAAAUCCUGAACUUGACAGAAAACAUGAUUAUUAUAAUGCUAAGACAGCUGAACAUAAUAUUUAUACCGGAAAUUAUCCUCUAGAAGAAAGAAUUCGUGAACAAAACAUUAAAAAUAAAUAUUAUAAUGGUAAGACAGCUGAGAAUAAUAUUUACAAGGAAAAUGAAGGGAGGGUUCCUGAAAUUGACAGAAAUUACGAUUAUUUUAAUGCCAAUGCAGCCAAGAGUAAUAUUUUUAUUAAAAAAUAUUUACCACAAUAUGUCAAGGCAACUGAGAAUAUUUAUAAAGGAAGUGAUCUUCAAGAAAGAUAUAAUGAACAUAAAAAAGUUCCUGUCCAUGAUAGGAAAAAUAAAUAUUAUAAUGCUAAGUCAAGUGAAAAUGCUUACAAUGGAAAUGGUAUUCGGCAAGAAAGAGUUUCUGAACAUGAAAUAAAAAAUGAAUAUUAUAAUGGUAAUACACCUGAGAAUAUUAUUUAUCCAGGAUAUAAUUUACCAGCAGAAAAGGUUCCUGAAUAUGACCGAAAAAAUGAAUAUUAUAAAGCUAAGACAACGAAUAAUAUUUAUAAAGGAAGUGAUCCACCAAAAGGAAUUAUAGAAUAUUUUAAAGCUAAAAUAACUGAUAAUAUUUAUAAAGGAAGGAAUCCUCCAAAAGAAGCCGUUCCUGAAUAUGACACAAAAAAUGAAUAUUUAAAUGCUAUAACAAAUGAUAAUAUUUAUAAAACAAGUGAUCUACCAAAAACAGAAGAAGUUUCUAAAUAUUAUAAAGCUAAAAUAAGUGAUAUUUAUAAAGAAAGUAAUCCUUUAAAAGAAGCCGUUCCUGAAUAUGACAGAAAAAAUGAAUACUUCAAUGUGAAAACAACUGAUAAUAUUAAUAAAGGAAGUGAUGAACCAAAAGAAGGAGUUCCUGAAUAUUAUAAAUCUAAAAUAACUGAUAUUUAUAAAGAAAGUAAACCUUCAAAAGAAGCCGUUCCUGAAUAUGACAGAAAAAAUGAAUAUUUCAAUGCGAAAACAACUGAUAAUGUUAAUAAAGGAAGUGAUCAACCAAAAGAAGGAGUUUUCGAAUAUUAUAAAGCUAAAAUACCUGAUAUUUUUAAAGAAAGUAAUCCUUCAAAAGAAGCCGUUCCUGAAUAUGACAGAAAAAAUGAAAAUUUCAAUGCGAAAACAACUGAUAAUAUUAAUAAAGGAAGUGAUCCACCAAAAGGAGUUCUUGAAUAUUAUAAAGCUAAAAUAACUGAUUUUUUUAAAGAAAGUAAUCCAUCAAAAGAAGCAGUUCCUAAAUAUGACACAAAAAAUGGAUAUUUCAAUGCGAAAACAACUGAUAAUAUUUAUAAAGGUAGCAAUCCUUCAAAAGAAGAAGUUCCUGAGUAUGACAGAAAAAAUGAGUAUUUAAUUUCUAAAACAACUGAUAAUGUUUAUAAAGUAGGAAAUCCUUCAAAAGAAGCAAUUUCCGAAUAUGACAGAAAAAAUGAAUAUUUUAAUGUCAAGACAGCUGAAAAUAUUUAUAAAGGCAGUGAUCUACCGCAAGGAACUGUCCCUGAAAAUAAAAUCAAAAAUGAAAACUGUAUUGCUAAGACAGCUGAAAAUAUUAUUUAUUCGAAAAAUGAUUUUCCAGAAGAAAUAGUUCCUGAAUAUGACAAAAAUAAUAAAUAUUACAAUGCCAAAACAAUUGAUAAUAUUUAUAAAUUAGGUCUACCACAAGAAAAAGAUCCUGUAUAUGACAGAAAAAAUGAAUAUUAUAAUGGCAAAACAACUGAGAGUAAUUAUAAUGGAAGUGAUCCUAUACAAGAAAGAAUUACCGAACUUGACAGAAAAAAUGAAUUGUAUAAUGCCAAGAAAACUGAGAAAGAAAGUGAUCUGCCACAAGAAAGAUUUAAUGGCCUUGACAGAAAAUAUAAAUAUUAUAAUGCCAAGACUGCUGAGAAUGGUUUUAAGGAAAAGGAUCUACUAAAAGGAAUAGAUCUUGAAUAUGACAGAAAAAAUGAUUAUUAUAAAUCUAAAGCAGCUGAGAAUAAUAUUUAUAAAGUAUAUGACCAAUACCAAAGAAGAGGUCCUGAUGAUGAUAUAAAAAAGGGAUAUUAUAAUUCUAAGACAGCAGAGAAUAUAUCCCGACCUAAUUAUCCAAGCAGCCGAGAACAGGAGAGAUAUAGUUUUAAUGAGCCCGCGAAAAGUCUUUCCAAAGUUAGUGAUGUUCCACAUUCAAAAGACAAUGGUCAGUUUAAUGUUAAUGAGCAUGCUAGCAGUAAUAAUGAUUAUUCAUUAGCACAAACAGAUAUUGAUUUUAUUAUUAGUCAACAUAUGAGGGAGAGUUUUGAGA